AUGUCAAAUCCUCCCCACCGAAGUCAUAAGCGACAAAAAUCAUCAGUACUGAAUCCUAAUUUUUAUUUUAAUCAACCUCAAACUAAACCUGAAACAAGUCAAUAUUCUACACCUUCGUAUCAUCAACAACAACCACAGCAAGAACAACCUGAAUCUCAACAAACAUCAUUAUUACCUUCAGUAGAUCAAUUACAACAACUGCAUACAAUAAAUGAAGAUGUAUUUCCAUCAUAUCCAACCAGAACUCAACAAAAAUUACAUCCACCACGUGAAUCUCAACCACAAGAAGUUAAAUCACAGAUUAGCUCAUUAAAGCGUGGUGCAACUGCUGCAUUUGAAACUUCUAGUAAUCCAAUAUCAUCAUCUACUCCACCAAGUUCAAUUUAUUAUCAACAAGGUUCUACUUAUCAAGAUUCUGGUCAAUCUUUUUCACAACACCAACAAUAUCAACCUUUUCCUCAAAUUGCACAACCUUCUUAUUAUCAACAUCAUCCUUCUUCAUAUGCACCACCACAAUCAAGUUUUUCUGGAUCUAUUCCUAGCAAUAUUACUACCCCACCAGUCUCUGGACCUUUUAAUUUCAAUUCUCAAGUUUCACAGUCACAAUCUAAUUUUUAUCAACCUGAUAACACAACUAAUAAUCCUUAUCAACCUUCUUUUAGCAACACAUUUUAUUCCACUGGUGGUAAUAAAGUUCAAAAUUUAUAUACAUCAUCUGGAUAUUUAAGGUCUGGUACUCCACAACAAUAUUCAAAUUUAGCAUCUUCAAAUAUUGCAUCUAAUCCUUCAGCAUCUGCAUCUACAUCUACUUCUAGACAACCAGUUAGUCAUAAUAAAAAUAAUUUAUCAAUUUCAUCUCAUUUAACAUUAUUUACUUUGGGUAAUCCAUCAGGUAAUAACUCUCCUGAUCCUAAUAGAAACAGAGAUCAAUCAUUACCUCAACAACAAUCACAACAACCUUCAAUCCUUGAAGCAUUACUUUCUGAAUUAGUUCACGUUGAUGGCUCAAAUAUUAAUGUUUAUUUACUAUCGGCAAUCUAUAAAAUUAACAUGCCCUUCCCAUUAGAUGAUUUUUAUAAUUUGUUAUAUAAUGAUGAAGAUAAUAAACCGUUUGUUAGUAAUUUCAAUUUUGCACAAAAAAUGGAUAGAACUCCAAUAACACCACAAGGAUCAUCUGCAUUUAUAAACAUAGUUGAUGAAUUAUUAAAUACUUUUAAAGAUCCAAAUUUAUUAUUAGAAUAUUUUCCAGAUCAUGAAGAUAAGGAAAAUAAAUUUGGUAAUAUUAAUUAUCAUGAAUUAUUAAGAACGUUUUUAGCUAUUAAAAUCUUACAUGAUAUGAUGAUUCAAUUACCUUUAACUAAUGAUGAAGAUCCUCAAGAUUAUACAAUACCAAGAUUAUCAUUAUAUAAAACUUAUUUUAUUAUUUGUCAAAAAUUGAUUGCAACUUAUCCAAGUUCAUCAAAUACGACAAAUGAACAACAAAAAUUGAUCUUAGGUCAAUCGAAAUUAGGUAAAUUGAUCAAAUUGGUAUAUCCUAAUUUAUUAAUCAAAAGAUUAGGUAGCAGAGGUGAAUCAAAAUAUAAUUAUCUUGGUGUUAUUUGGAAUGAACAUAUUAUAGAUGACACAUUUAAAAGAUUAUGUGAAGAUCAUGACAUUCCUGAGUUAAUUGAAUUAUUUGAUAGUGAAAAUGGAACUAACCCUUUCAUGACUCAACAAAGACCUUCAGUGGUCGAAUCUACAUCCACAACUCCUAAAAAGGGCCACCACCAUCAUCAUCAUCAUCAUCGUAGAAGUUCAUCGAAACUGAAAAUUAAACUUUCUAAUAUCCUUGAACCAUUUGAAGUUCCUCCCACUCAACAAGAACAAGAUGAAUCAGCAAUUGUAGAUGAUGAUGAAAAAACCAAUCCAAUCUUAUCACCAAGAUUAUCAUUUAUCAAACCUUCAUUAAUGUAUCCAGAUGUUUCAAAUUUUACAAUCCUUCAAAAUCUUCAUCGAGAUGAUAAUUGGUUUUCAUCGUUACUAAAAAAUAGUUAUAGUCAAUGUCAACAAAUAAAUCAAGAUUUAAUUAAUCUGUUCUUAUUAACAAAUACAAAUUUGCUGAAUAAAACAAGUUUGUUAAAUAAUUUCAUUAGUUCAUUUAUUAAGCCAUUACUGACUACUACUUACAAUAAAAUUAAAAACAUUGAUUUGCAUUUGUAUUUAAUUAUAAUUUUGGAAUUAUUACCUCAUUUUUUACUAAUCAAACCAUCAUCAGAUCUAAAUUUAUUAAAAAAUUUAAGAAUAAAUCUAUUACAUUUAAUCAAUAACUUGAAUAACGAAUUAAAGAUUGUGGAUUCCGAUCAAUUUCCAGUAACUAAUUCAACUAUUUUUUUAAUCAUAUUGAAAAAAAUGAUGAAUUUAAAUGAUUUAUUGAUAACAUUUAUAAAAUUAUUGAAUAACAAAUCCACAAAAGUAUUGAUGUCAAAAGAUAUUGAAAAUUUUUUAAAAACUUAUUCAUCGACAUCUUCAUCUUCAGCUAAUCAAACAGCAAUAAAAAUGGAAACAAGUAUUCCUCAUACUGAUGAUAGUUCAAAUCAAUUUUUUUUCAAUAUUACCCCCAUAAAUGAUUUAAAUUUUAAUUUUCAAAAAGAUAUAUUAUCAAAUGAUUUAAUUUAUACAUUAAUUGGUUUUAAUUAUGAUCCUUUAAUUAAUAAUGAAAUAAAAUCUCCAAUCUCAAUGAAUUUUAUAACUGAAGAAAUUAAUAUUGUGGACGAUUUCUUCAAAAAUGAUUUAUUAAACUUUUUAAAUUCAAAUAAUUAUCCUUCUAAUAUCAAUACUAGCAAAAAUUAUUAUGAUUACAAUAUUAAUCCAACAAAUACAUCAUCACCUUCAAUUUUGAAUAAUCCAAGUUUAGAUAUUCAUUUAGAUCAUUUACAUUCUUCUUCAUCAACUGAAACUUUAAUGAAUCCAACUAAUGCAACAUCGACUUCAUCAUCAACGUUGUUUAGUAAACCAAAACCAACAACUGAUUCUUCAAGUGCAGCAACAACUACCACCUCAGUAUUAACUCCAUUAGAAUAUUCGAGAUUAAAUUCAUUAUUUCAAUUAAUUGAUGAAAAAUUAUUGUCAAUGCAUUUCAAGACUAAAUAUCCAAUAAUAAUUUUCAAUAAUUAUAUGACAUAUAUAUUAAAUGAUAUUUUAAAAUAUAUUUUUUUAAAUCAACAACAACAACAAAGUUCAAAUCAAUCAAAAAACUAUAAUGCAGAACAAGAUGAAGGAAAUAAUAAAGGGGGUUCUUCUAUAAGUAGAUUAUCAAAUAAGUCCAGCGAUAAUAAUUCAGAAAAUAGUUUUGGAAAUUGGUGGGUUUUCAACUCUUUCAUUCAAGAAUACUUAAAUUUAAUGGGAGAAAUUGUUGGUUUAAAUGAUAGUCUUAGAUAG